GGUCAGCCGGGCGAUUCCCCUGUGGGCGCGCGCUUCCCCGCGGAGGAGCCGCGCGGCGCUUGUACCCCCAGGGUCAGCCGCGCGCUCCCGGGGCCGUCUGGCGCUUGCACCCACAGGGUCAGCUGGGCGACUCCCCUUGGGGGGCUCGCUUGCGCCAUGGCUGUGCGCUUCGAAGUGCUAUUGGCGCGCCUGCUUCUGCUGCUGCAUCUGGUGCGGGGCAAACGCGGUGUGGAGAUCGUGGGCGGGCUGUUCUGCAAGCGCGAAUGGGUGCGCGCGUUCCAGGGGCUGCUGGCCGCCGUGAAAGCCGGGGCGGUGGUGCUCGGGAAGACGUGGCGCCAGUUGGCACACGCGGAAGGGCUGAACAUGGGCUACAGCGGAAUCCACCCCAUCCAGACCCUUGCGCGCAGCCGGCAGGCGAGGGUGCUUUUCGAGUCCGCGUCGGAAGCCUGGAGCACCGUGGUCCGGAAGAUUCUGAAUCGCGGGUACGUCGUCAACACAGAUGAUGUAUUGUUUCUGUGGGAGUCUGUGCGGCAGAAGGUUGGCUUGGCCCUCCAGAAAGGCUGCCUCAAGAAAGCUGGCAGAUACACGUCGAUGUCGUUGGCUAGGUCUUUCGCGCAGGUGGCCGGCGCGGUGUUCCACCGGCGCGUGGCGGAAUAUGAUGCCCGGCUGCAUGCCGCGAUGGCGACGGGGCAAUCCAGGGGUCGAUUGGAGUCCGUCGGGGACGAGGUGGGGAACCGGGUCUUCGCGCUCUUCCAUUUGCCGACCCACGCCUCGUUCGUGGACAUGAUGGGCCAGCUGCAGGAGCGCGUUCGCGGGCUCGGGUGCUCGGUCGUUCACGUUCGGGCACCAGACACGAUCACAUGGCAGACAGUGCUCGUGCACCUGUGCGAGGUGCGACAGUGCGUGCAGAAGUUCGGCGUGCGGCAGCUCCAAGAGCUCAUGGUUUGGUUGGCCGACGCGACCGAGGAGCAGCUCGGGGGCAUCCGCGCGUACCACGGGGAGAUCAUGGAAUCUGGCUACGCGGGCGGCUCGCGUUGCCACGCGGUGUACAUCACCGAGAAGGCCGCGGCGGUGGUGGGCUACGUCCUGAAGAAGACGAACACCCCGGACACGUCCGCAGACAAGCCGGCCAUGCACGCACUCCUGCUGGACAUGGCUACACACCGACUGUCCCCUAAGAUCACGACGCUCGCCAUCCCAGAAUGGCUAUCCAUGCAGAGCGCCGCCGCAGGCGUCCUCGAG